AUGGUUAAUAAAACAUACAGUGUUCUGCAUUCAUUAGUUGAGGGAUUGAGUUCAAGAGCCACAUACACAAGCCCAGCAGCUGCAGAGUUCAAGAGCCGCGAGAUUGAUCUGGAUUUCCUGAACACAAUUCUGGAAAAUGGAGCAGAUAUUAAUGCCACUGACAGAUAUGGACAGGGUGUUUUGCAUGGGGCUGCACUAAGAUGGCACCCCGAUGUUGCCCGGUUUAUGAUUGAGAGGCACGCUGAUGUUAACAAGCCAGAUAACUAUGGUGUGACCCCACUCCAUGUGGCUGCAGCGGCUGACUAUCCUGAAAUGGUGGAUUUUCUACUGGACUAUCGAAAAGGAGGAGCGGAUAUUGAAGCAAAGACAUCUGGAAUGAUGCAGACACCAAUCCACUAUGCUGCAAAAUAUGAUGCUGCUAGUUCCUUGAACUGUCUGCUGAAACAUGAUGCCGACAUAAAUGCUAGAGACUACAAACAGCGAACACCUCUACAACUGGCGACUGAGCUUGAUCGAACUGAGUCAGCUCGACUGCUGCUACAGUUUCAGGCAGAUGCAGGAACAUAUGACAACACAGGACAGCUAUGUUUAACUCUGAUGGCUGCUAAUAUGCCUCAGCUUGCGUACACAGCUUUGGAUCAGUUUCUUGUCAAGGACAGAGCGAACCGAAAACAGUACUUCAUGCUGAACAUCUUGAUACCCCAACCUUCGGUCCCAUUGACCCUGCAGAAAGUAAAAAGGAUGGAAGGUCCACAGAACUGGAUCCUUCAUUUGCUUGAAGUGAUUGUUCAAUAUCGACAGCUGGAUCUCAUCAUGCAUCCUGUCGUCCAAAAACUCAUCGCGGUUAAAUGGACACGCUUUGGAAUGAGAGGAGUAGCGAUAAUGUUGACCCUCAAUAUCCUCUUUAUAAUUUCAUGGACUACUCUGGGACUUAGUUCAUCACUGGCUAAUGUGAAACAGCUUCAUUAUGAACUACCUGGUGACUGGUGGAGAGUUUUAAUUGCCACCAUAGCCAUUGCACUUACUGCCUAUCAGAUUGGGGAGGAAUUUGUAGAAAUCCACUCUUCACAAACAAAGUUUAUUCGUUGGAAGGAGUGGAGGACCCAGGAAAUAAUGAAAGAUCUAAACCUAUGCCACCCACGAUGGCCAGAGGAGGAGGCAUAUCUUAAGAAGCAGCUGAGUGCACUGGAUGACAUGCAUUCACACUAUUUCAACGAUUUUUGGAAUUUGUUUGAUUGGAUGGUCUACCUGUUGCUCUUUGCUCUGAUUGGAACUUACAUAGCUGAUCUGUCAAUGACAAGUGAAAGCAUUCACACAACCCACAUUCGAAUCUGUGCAGUGACCAUCAUAUUCCUUUGGUUACGAGUCAUGAAACACGUACGAGCAAUCAGGUCCCUGGGACCCUUUAUCGUGAUGCUUGGGAAAAUCAUUGUGGACCUCCUGAAGUUCCUUUUUCUUUAUGGAGAGUUUUACAUUCCCUUUGCGUGUUCAUUCUGGAUCAUUUUUGGUGGUCUUGUUCCAAGUAUGUCAACCAUACCCCAGAUGCUUUUUACUGUCUUUCGCAUUACACUGGUUGAUGACUAUGGAUUUGAGGAGAUGUAUGCAAGAGACCCAGUAAUGGCAUAUUUACUCUGUGGAACCUUUCUGGGGGUGUCAAGCAUACUUUGUAUCAACCUUCUCAUAGCAUUACUUUCAGAUACCUUCCAAAGAGUAUAUGACAAUGCAAAUGCCAAUGCAGCCAUGCAACAGGCUAGCAUUGUUCUGUACGUUGAAGACCAUCUGAAUGAGAAAAGAAAGAAAAAGUUUCAAGAAUAUGUUCACACAUUCUGUGCACCUUUGGAAAUAUUUUUUGAUGAUGAUAUUACAAUAGAUCAAGAAGAUGAUCUCAAGAAAGUUACCAUUCAAAUAAAGGUCAUUACUGUCGGCGCCAUAACACAGUCCCUCGACAUCGAGAAGGAACCCAAACUUGGCGUGGCAGUGGGUUCCAAUUGCCACCUGAGUCAACUGGAGAUGUUCAGGACAGCAGCCAUGAAUGAUCUCUGA